CCCAACACACCACUGCGACAAGGCCGGCGCGGCUGAUCUCACACUCACAGCACUACGCCCUCCGCUCUCAUUCUCCACUGCCGCUGCUGACGAGUGACGAGCACCGCGCACGCGCCGCAUCCACUCCACCGCGCGCGCGAGUACAAAUCCCGGACCCGAGAACCUCCUCGCCACCAGCCCCACGCCCGCAGAUCAGUACACUACACUGGUAGCGGCAGCGGUAACUGAAGCGGGAGGAUGAACGGCUACCGCAACCUGGCCUCGUCCCCUCCGGCGCCCAGCGGCGGGGAGCCGGAGCCGGAGCCGGCCCCGCCCCCGGCCGCGGCGAAGGAGGGCAAGUGGGAGGGCGCGGCGGUCGGCGCGGCGGCCAUGGUCAGGAACCUCUCGUCCGCCUCCCAGAGGUUCGCGGCCGUGGAGCGGAGCAAGUCCACCGGCGGCCACCGCGGCGGCGGCGGCUUCCAGGCGGCCGUGAGGCGGGCCUUCUCCAUGCGGAGGCAGCCGGCGUCCGGCCUCUCGGAGGGGUACUGGCGGAUCCACGACGGCCUGGACGACGCCGAGGACGAGGCAGAGGCGCCCGAGGAGGUCGACGCGCAGAAGAAGACUCAGGUGGCGGAGGCCGCGGUGCCGGGAGACGCCGCGGCGAGCAACGACGAGAUCGGCCAGGAGGAGACGAAGAAGAAGAAGAAGAGGGGCCACAUCUUCAAGGCGUGCAAGAAGCUUCUUGGGUUCAAACAUGUCUAGUCUAGUCUAGUCAACAGGAAGCUUCUUGGAUUCAAGAUCCAUGGACGCUCUUGAUGCGCCUCCGUUUUGGAUCUUGUUCUUGUCUCGUUCGUCGUCGUUUGGAGUAAAUAAAGAGCUUGGGUUCGUUGACUUGAA